GAGAGAGAGAAUAAAAAGCGUGACAUAGAAUUUUCAUGUUUAAUGUUAAUAAUUAAUGCCAUGCCUCUUUGUUCAGGCGGUGGUAGGAGGGAUUAGGAAGGCAUAUGAAAUAUCUUCUAUAUUUUUUUCUUUCAACCAAAAUAAUAUGUCGAAUCCUAAGCCCCCGCGCGAGCCUCUGACAGCCAGUUUGGUCGAUUCGCCCCUUCGGUAUCACACUGCGAAUACUGCGGAAUCAGAUGGACAGUCCUCAGUCAGAAGUACGAAGUACUACCCACCUGCGAACGCUCUCUAUGAGGACCUCGCUAGCAGUUCGGACUUUUUCUGGAAUAACCUUCAGGAUUUCCACAAAUCCUUAGGCACCACAUUAAAAGUUCCAACUAUAGGAGGAAAGCCACUAGAUCUAUAUCGCCUUUUUAUUGAAGUAACUUCUCGUGGUGGGCUUGAAAAGGUAAUUGGAGAUCGUAAAUGGAAGGAAGUGAUUACAGUCUUCAAAUUCCCAGACACUGUAACCAGCGCAUCAUUUGCAUUGCGCAAAUACUAUCAAUCAUUGCUUUAUGACUUUGAGCAGGUUUAUUAUUUUCGCAAGCAAGCCCCUUCUUUUUCAAUGCCUGAUUCUGGUAGCAGGAGCAUAUUGAGCUCAAAGGAAGUUGAUGCUUUGAAUGAUUUUUUACCAGUUUGUCCGCUCCAGCAGCAGCUUGGCUCUUUGGUGCCUGGUACCAUCGACUUGAAAUUUGAUGGUGGGUAUGUAGUCACUGUGAAUCUGGGUUCUGACCAGCUGAAAGGCGUGCUGUAUCACGUUCCUCUCAAUGCAUCACAGACUUCUGCAUCCAUACCUGCUUCUGUGAAUCGAAAGAGAUCAAGGUUGGGUUCACAUGAUCCUUCUCGGCCCAAAUCAAACAGGAGUGGCUACAAUUUCUUCUUUGCUGAACACUAUGCCAGGUUGAAGCCUUUAUACUAUGGGCAAGAGAGAGCAAUUAGUAAGAAGAUUGGGUUUUUAUGGAACCAUCUCACUGAUGCAGAAAGACAGAUAUAUCAGGAGAAGGGAAGAAGAGAUAAGGAGAGAUACAGGACUGAAAUGGAGGAAUACAAAGCAUCCAAUAAUUUGAGUCCUCAGCAGUAGGCCUCCAAUGUGGGGAAACCAUUGCGCUAUUUAGAAUGACUUCAGUUUUGUACUUUGUUCUUCUUGUUGACUUUCUUUUCCAGUAAGGAGAUGCCCAUGGGACAACCAACCGUGGGAUCAUACAGGUGGGAGGUAUGAUGAUAGGGUUUGUGAGAUUGGUUGUAUCUCUUUUAGGGUUAAUUCAUAGUAGAAGCAAUUCUCUUGUUUAGCUCUUGGUGCUUCAUUAUUCCUUCCCCAGCCUUGCUCUUCUAUUAUUUAUAUUGGAUCGGCCAUAAGGCCCGGUAUGUAAUCCCAUUUCAUGGUAAAAGAAGAAAAUAGGUAUGUAAUCCCGUUUCACACACA